CCUGACUCGAUGACGCUCUUGGGCGACCACUUCCUGUUUCCUGUGUGAUCCUCGGCAGAGAGCGCGACGGUGCCGGUGGGGAGGAGAAGGUUGCUGAGGACUAAAGCAUGGAUAAACAUAAAGUGAAAAGGCAACGUUUAGACAGAAUUUGCGAAGGUAUUCGACCACCUAUUUUGAACGGCCCAAUGCCUCUUCGGCCUUUGGUAGCCCUUUUGGAUGGCAGGGAUUGUACAGUUGAGAUGCCUAUAUUAAAAGAUGUUGCAACAGUAGCAUUCUGUGAUGCACAGUCAACACAGGAAAUUCAUGAGAAGGUGUUAAGUGAGGCUGUUGGAGCCCUUAUGUAUCACACAAUCUCACUAUCCCGUGAAGACCUGGAAAAAUUCAAGGCACUUCGUAUUAUCAUAAGGAUUGGCAGUGGAUAUGAUAACAUUGACAUAAAAUCAGCAGCUGAAAUGGGGAUUGCAGUGUGUAAUGUUCCCUCAUCAUCGGUGGAGGAAACUGCUGAUUCUACACUUUGCCACAUCUUAAACCUGUAUCGACGUGUCACAUGGUUACAUCAAGCCAUGAGAGAGGGUAACAGAGCAUCGAGUGUGGAACAGAUACGAGAGAUUGCUGGAGGGGCUGCAAGAAUCAGAGGAGAGACUUUGGGCAUCAUUGGACUUGGUCGAGUAGGUCAAGCUGUAGCGCUCCGCGCAAAAUCAUUUGGCUUCACAGUGAUCUUUUAUGACCCUUACUUAGCGGAUGGAGUGGAGCGCUCUCUAGGUUUGCAGAGAAUGGCAACUCUUCAGGAGCUUCUAAUGCACAGUGAUUGCAUUACUCUGCACUGCAGUCUUAAUGAGCACAAUCAUCAUCUCAUCAAUGACUUUACCAUAAAACAGAUGCGCCAGGGUUGCUUCCUGGUGAACACUGCUCGUGGAGGUCUUGUUGAUGAAAAAGCUCUGGCUCAGGCUUUAAAAGAUGGGCGUAUCCGCGGAGCUGCUUUAGACGUGCACGAAUCUGAACCUUUUAGUUUUUCUCAGGGACCCUUGAAAGAUGUUCCCAAUUUGCUCUGCACUCCUCACACUGCAUGGUACAGUGAACAUGCCUCAAUUGAGGCAAGAGAAGAAGCAGCUAAAGAAAUCCGUAGAGCAAUUACAGGCCCCAUUCCUGAUGCUUUACGAAACUGCGUAAAUAAGGAGUUAUUGUUAGCGGCUGCACAGUGGACCGGAAUGGAGCCAGCUACGGUCCAUCCAGAACUGAAUGGGGCACCGGGAUAUAGGUUUCCCUCUGCAGUUAUGGGAGUAGCUGCCUCAGGACACCCGUCUGCUGUGGAAGGGCUGGUGGCUUCCUCGCAUUCCUUAAUCCCUGCCGUCUCCCACACCCCAUCACCUGGACAGACCAGCAAACCCGACCCAGACAGAGAAAUUCCUACUGAUCAGUAGCAACAUGGUGUCACAUUCUGCCUCCCUACCUUUAUUUUUAUUUUUAAUUCAAACACCACUCCCAUAUUUGUGCUUUCCCUCCCCUUUGAUUUUUGGUGUUGGGGGGGAGAGAAGUGGGAAUCUCCAAUUCUUCAGCAGCUUUACCCAAGUGAAGAAUAAAACUAGGCUGCAAACCCUGAGGUGUAUCAUCUCUCCUCACACCGUAAAGGAGAAUGUUCAUAUCAGUGUCUGGAAACCUUUAGAUAUUGCCUUUCAACAGAUCUAUUUUUUAACCAAUUUUUAGUUUUAAGUGAAAUACAAUACGGGUGGGUUAUCCUUCUGUGUGCUGGGGCAGGCUGAUCUCUCUCUUCUGUUUCCGCUAGUGCAAGACAUGCCCAGUUGUCUCAGGGAGCGGAGGCAUCACCAAAUUUUAGCAGUAGUCGAUUUAGCAGUUGGUGUGUCUAGAUUACAAUUUCACUGUUCAAGGGCCAUGGAAUGUUUUGUUUAACAAACCUACAGCAGAUUUACAUGACCAAGACUAGGUUAAUGCAAGAGGAAAAUGUCUGAUUCAACCUUUGUUUUUGUUUUUUUCCAAACAAAAAUAAGUAAAUAAAGAAUAUCACUGUGCUCAAAGAAUGAACAAAAUUAGAGGAAAGUACUAUAGGGAAUAACCAUUCAUUAAGAAAACAACUAAACCACUCUUGCUGUUAUUUGAAGAGGGCUUGAUAAUAUCUGCAGUCUGUGAUGCAGUGACUUGCUCAGAUUAGGUUUGUUCCAGUCACGCUUUUUUUCUGAUAUGUACCUGGGCUCAAAUGGGCUUCUGAAUUGUUGUUGUAUGUGAUUCCUUUGUCAUAGAAUGGUUUAAGGCUGGUCUUGUAGGCAUUGCAAUGAUUCUUCUGGCUUAUUCUGAUUUUGGUGCAAUGAAGUACUGGUUUUCAGUCUUCCCCUACACCCACAAACCCCACAUUAGAACUUCAUACUACUGGCAUAAAUGAGUUUGAUGGUUUAGUACAGGUCCAUCAAUGAUGUUUGGGAGAGGGGUUUGUAACCAAGAGUUGUAGUGUGCAUCAUUUCUACAUCAUUGGUUUUUAACUUUUUUUUCUAUUUCGUCUGUGUUUGUAACAUGAGAUUUUUGACCCAUUCAUCACCUGGAAACUUUGAUCAGAGACCCAUGUUCAAUUGUAAGAAAAUGUAAUAUUAAAAGACUUUUGGCCAAUAACCUUAAUUAGAUCUUGUUCUGUAUUAAGGAGGUAUCCAUUGAUCUGGUGGCAAGCAACGUGGCUACAGUAAGCUACUUAUUGUAGGCAAUUGUCCGGGGACUAACAAAGGUGAUGUCCCUAGCCAAGGUUUAAGAACAGAUGUACUAGAUGGCUGGUUAAUGUGCUUUUUUUGUUAAUUAUCAUGAACAUUUUUUUUCAUGAGAACUUGCUAAGAAAUAACUCUUAGCUGAAACGGAGCACCAUUGUUCUUAUUUUAAAUUUCAUGUUCAUAGAUGCAAGGAAACCUCAAACACUUUUUCUAAUGUAAGUGUGGGGAGAAAAAUGAUUCUUAAAGGUAUGAUUAGGUUAUCAGCGCUACACAGCUUCAUGUGUGUUUUUUUUUUGUGUUUUUUUGUGCCAUUAGACGGCAGGAUUGCAAGUUGACAGGGGAGGAAGAUAGCACACCUGAUGCCUUUUGUGUCAUUAAGGGAACUGGAAAAGGAUUAAGUGUACAAUUGGGAUACAUGGGUAUCCGCUCCACGUUUGCAGCAUGCCAAUAAGAAAUAACCAGGAGUCUGUACCUCUGUGAUCAUCUGGUAUACGUCACUUGUGUUAUUCCAUUAAAAACUCCAGUCAACAUUUUUCUUUUAUAUCCUAUGUAUGAGUGGUGUAUGAUGCAUCAGGUGUGCACUCUCCCUCUUCUGCCAUACAGCAUCUUGUUGAAUGAACAAUAAAGUUAUUCAAAGCAGUAAAUUGUGGGUAUUACUCUUUCCCUCUUUUACCACUGCAAUUUGUAGUGCCCAGAACCCUUACUUUGUCUUCCUGGCUUGAUUAGUGUAAAACACCAACCAGUUAAAAGUGAAUAGCCUGAUGUAAGCCAGAUACUUAACAGAACUGUUAGUGCCACAAAGUACAGACUUGUUUUUUCUGUAUAGUUGCAAGUGAAGGAAUUCUGAAUUUUUAUUUUUAUUUUCGUUAAGUUUGCAUUCCUAAUCAUUGAAAUUCUCUUGUCAAUUCUCCCAAGUUUCACAAUUAAGUGUCUAAACUCCAAAGUGAGUAAUAAAAAAAAAAAAAAAGUUCUAAAACAUACACCACAGUAUUGUACAGUGAUAAAUCAAUUUCCAUCACAUUGUGGCAUGCAGAUGACUAUGGGGACUUCUCAAACAAGAUUACUGUCUAAAAAGGAGACAACUGAAAAACAUUUUAAUUUAUUUUUAUUUUUUUUAUGUAAGGGAGUAGCACUUAGGGUUGUGUUUUACACAUCUGUAGGUAAUUGACUCACAGUUUUAUGUAUACAAUACCAUUCAGUUACAGAUUUUUUUUUUAUUUGUUAUAUAUAUAUAUAUAUAUAUUAAUUUGGUGUUUGUUCUAACAACAUUUGUUAGAACUGAAGCACAUUUUAUUUCCUUUUUAUUAAUCCAAACAUUAGCAUCUAUGGUAAUUUAUAUUAUACAAAUCCUUUUUAUGCUAAGGUACUGUUAUAUAGUUAAAAAGCAACAUAUAAUUUCCCAUUUGGUUUCUGUUAACAUGAUUAUCUUCCUCUAGUUUUUUAUAGGGAUUAUUUUCACUUCUCCAUUUACUGAUAAACUCUAGUGCCGUUUUUUUGUUUGUUUUUUGUGGUGCACAUGAAAUACGCUCUUUUUAUGUUUCUCCAUUGUAUCGUAGCAUUUACUAUUUUACCUACUACCCAUUAUCAUUUAUGAAAGGCAUUUUUGUGUAGGAGUCAGUUGGCCAUUUGCAGAUAAUGUGAGACUAUCGUAUAAAGGUCUCUAGUAUCAAAUUGUUUCCACGAUAGGUCUGCGGUGUAACACCUACCUAUUUGCACCCUGGUAUUUUUUGCUAUUUUGAGCUACAACUGUCCCAGUGGCCUUAUUUAUGUUUGAAGUUUUUGUUUAUAAAGCACUCGAGCAAUUGUCACGCACACUAAACGAAUGAUCCUUUAUGAUUAGACUUCAACAAUGUUCAGUUUGAAACACACUAUUAAUUUGAGCAUAGCAAUGGCAUCUAUUACUCACUGACCCAUCUUUAAGACCAUGAUUAAAAAGAACUGAGAGUUUAAACCAGGGGUGCCCAACAGGUAGAUCCUCAGAUGUUUUAAAACUACAGCUCCCAUGAUGCUUUAUUCUGAAGGCAUGCAAUGCAUCAUUGGGGUUUGUUCUAAAACAUCUGGGGAUCUACCUUUUGAGCAACCCUGGUAUAAACUAGAACCAUAAUAACAUUAUUUAAAGGUAGCAUUGAGGCAGUUCUUAAAAGUAAUGAAACCUCAGCUUGUAAUGUAUAGUGCACAUGGCGUCUUAGCUCUGUUCUUUCCUUUUUAGUAUUUUUCUAUCAUUCCCUUUUAGAAGGUAACAUAAUAUGGUAUAUUGUCAAUAAAUUAUGCAGCUGCUUUGACAUGCUUUCUUUUUGUUAUGCUUUUCAGCAUAUUCAUGUGGAUUCAAUUUUGACUAGUCGAAGAGGUGAUCCUUUAUACAAAGAUACAUUCACGUCCGUUGUGACAGGAUUACUUAUUAGACCAUAAACAAAAUGCUAAUUUAGGCUAUAAUAGCUGAAUUCAAAGAUUUCUCCAGAUCACUUUGGUUUACAACUUUUGGCCUAAAAUGGUGAAUUAAUUUUGAUAUAUUUUUUUCUUUUUCUAAUUAUUAGAAUUAUUUUUCUCUCCCCGAAAGCCAUCGUUAAUAAGCAGUUUUACCUUUACCUGCUUCAGUCAUAUUGGCAAUAUCCUCUUCUGCAGAUGGUAAUAGUUUAUAUUUGCAGACAAAACAGUUUUUACCCCUUAACUCUGUUAUCUGUUUUAUACAUAAAACAUUUUGUUUCGCAAACUAUGAAAUGUAGUACAUCUGUUUCUUGUAUAUCAAAUAUCAAGGCGACUUGUGAUUUUUGUCCAGAUAAAUGUUUUUGUUUUUUGUGAGUUUAUUUUUCAUGUGUCUAGGAGAAAGUUGCGAUUUAGCGAUAACUCCUGAAGGUUUAUUAUGAAAUUGAACCUAUUUAGUCUUUUGAGAGAUGAGUGUCCUUUAGGAGAGACACCGUUUUGAUUUACAGUCACUCCAGAGCUGAACAGGUUAGCACAGUUUGGUCGUGCGGAUGUGAUCACUACUAACUGGGAUGGUCUGAUGUCUAGGAAGCAAAACACCAAAGUCUUAAUGAUUUUACAAUGGACAGCAACCCAGCACACAGAAUUAAAUCUCCACGUCCUGUGAAAUGACAUGUAUUUUAUCCGCUCUCCUUUAAAAGGAGCCUUAUUUUAUACUGUUUAAAUGAAAUUUAAAAAAAAUAAAAAAGCUUCAUAAUCCAGCUCAAUGCAAACUUUUCUGCGACUCAGUAUGAUAUGCAUAUAGCAGGUUUAAUUUUUUUCUUUCUUUCUUUCUUUCUAUUUUAUUCUUCUCAAGAACCAUUUCUGCAGGUUACUGGGGUUCAAAAACGGUAUUUUGCAAAUGAACUUGCAAAUCAAUGUGUAGUGGGAGUAGAGGGGAGACCACUUGUGAGCUAAAAUAGUCUGUAACGACUGUCGUUACAUUAAAUAUCUGGCGGGUAUCUUUAAUUGUUUCUAGGGGGGGAAAUCCUGUUUUUAUAUUAAAGUUUCCUGUUUAUAUGGGAUUCCGUUACCCAACAAAUAUCUGCAUUAUUAUCCUUUCUCCACCUCCUCCAUAUUGCAUUGGAUGCCCAAAAGGGUUCCUUAUUCUUGAUGCAGGGACUCGUAAUGAUUGGGGUCCUGUCUGGUGUGUAUUACUGUCAUUGGUGGUGUCCCCCAAUCUGCAUGGAGAGGAUAUUAGAGCAUAUAUUUCCCUGUACAUUGGCCCCAAAUCUGCAAUGGGUGAUCUUGUAUUAACCCUGCAUGGAUUGAGCUGAGAUGUGACCCUGUGUCCUAAAGGUGCAGUGUUGUGUGGUCAAUCUAGUGUUGGUUUGUUACAGGUUAUAUGCACAGCUGACCAGCUUUUUAUAAAUUACUCGGAGUGUCAGAAAUAUAUUUUUGUAGACAAUGAACAUUAUGCCUUUCUCAGCUGGAUAGCUAAAACUGUGAAACAUUGAAAAGCUGUCUCUUAACAAGUGUUCUGUUUUUCUUUUUUGUUGUGUUUAUUUUUUAUUUUUUUUUGGUCUGACUGCAAAUACUUUAAUUUUUUUCACUUGUAGUACUUAGAAAAUGAUUUGU